AUGCCCCAGCCUUACCCUCAACUCCGCUUCCCUUCCAGGCUCUACAAGCCCCUGUACGUAGCACACCUCUUGGUUCUUGCAGGCGUGGUGUACUACUAUUUUCAGGGGUCUGUGGGGAAGCCAGCCCCUGACGGUGAGAUUGCUGAGGGACCCUCACAGCUCGUAGGGGAGACCUUGAGGCCGGUGUGGGGGCCGAUGGAUAAGUGCUACCCUGUGACCACUCAGAGACGCAGAGUCAAGAUCGGGAAGAAGCAAGCCAAGGCCAUGGCCCCCAAGGCAACGGGAGGACUGAGCGCUGCUGCCCCCAAGGAGGAGACUGAGCUCCGGUCUCAGCAGGAGGGGGCGGUGAGGCCCCCAGGGGUGGAAGCCGCAGGCCGCGGCCCCGCUGUGAAGGAGGCGGCUGAGGGGGAAGAAGCGGCAGGGACCCCAGGCUGGGAGGAGAACACGAAGGUCCAAAAGGAGGUGGCAGUAUACCCCUCCGAGGCCUCUGCGGUGGAGAGCAAGGAGGAAAGGCCUGGAGGCUGGGUCCCCCAGCUCCUGAGGAAGCUCUGGCUGGACUGGGUCCCAGCCGCUGACAUCCCAAAGACUCAGAACCACGAAUGA